UUACUGAACCAACAAAGCUGUAAUACACUUUUAAAACAACUUGCGACCGGUUAAAAUAAAACAACCCCAAAAAUUGUUUAAUAAACAGAUUUUUUAUUGAGAACGAAACUCUGAGUGUAUCAUUAUUGAUUUCGUUGUAAGUUCUCUGUACAAUAAUUUACCACAAGUAACGAGAGAGCAAUGAGAGAAACACAUCCCUCAAAAUAUACUCAGAACUCGCGUGUUACUCGUACGAAGCAGAAGUCAUCAUGAAAUACAUUUUGUUGGAAAUAUAUACACAUUUGCAAAUUGUUUAAUAAGCUAAAAUAUUAACCGAUUGGUCAACUUAGAAUAGUGGAGAAUAAAUUGUUUAAACUUUAUUAUUAAUUAUUUAAAUAAAAGUGUUUUACUCCGACAUCGCUUUGUGUUUUUUGUGCGUUAUAUUUUAUCUUUAAUUGUAUAAAAAAUAUUCUAUAUUACAAUGGAUAUACCAUUAUCGAUAUUGUUGUUGCUCAGCCUUGUAUUUACCGUCAUAGGAGCUGUUUUAGUUCUUUUGUUGCAAUAUUAUCUUUACUUACGAUUUUCUGUACUUCCUGAAGAGAGCGCGGAACAAAAGGAUAUCAACACGAAGUACUCAUUGCCAACGACAAUUCAGCAAACUGCACAUGCCAUAAAUCUAUCGCCACCAACAUCGUCGGUGGCCGGGCACACGCAUACUGUAAGUGCUACCGAAGCAGCACCAUUAAUGUCAAUUAACUUUGUGAUGCAAUUCCUUUUCCAUGAACUGAAAAACUCGAGUCGCGUGCGGAAAUGGUUCUACCGCAAAUUGUCAUUAGAACUUGAUGAGCUAUUGGCAAAAACUACAACCGGCAAAUUGUUUGAUAAGUUGACGAUAAAAGAACUGGAGCUUGGUGAUCAGUUUCCUGAGAUUAGAACAUUACGCGUACACAGCAUUGAACUGAACGAUACCGGCGAUCGUAUUGAGAAUCUCGAUAUAUUACUUGAAAUUCAUUAUAAUGGAAAUUUUCGAACAUCCAUCGAUGCCGAUAUGGUUUUAGGUAAAAAGGGAUCCCUCACCUUAAUUGUGAAACAAUUGUCUGGCUUGGCGCGACUACAAUUUACCCGUCAGCCAUACACUCACUGGUCGCUGAGCUUUCUGGGUGAUCCAGAACUUGAUUUGGCGAUCGAAUCCAAAUAUCAAGGUCGUCAAAUGCAAUCGAACAUCACCAGUCUUAUUUCGAACCAAAUACGGAAAGCAGUGCGACGAAAGCACACGCUUCCAAAUUAUAAACUACGUUACAAGCCAUUUUUCCACAAAACACCCGAAGAAGAUGCUGAUGGAGAUAUACAACCAAAUGGGACGCUAGAAGUCCGAAUGUUCGAAAUAUCACGACUCAUGUGUACGGAAGUUACAACAGAAGUUUAUUGUACAUUGACUUUAGCUUCGCUUGCAUUUGUCGAGAUACGCCAGAAGGAUAAUCGCAAUGUGAUAGUUUUGAUUGACGUCGAGAUACAUAAGGCGAAAAAUCAACAGAUCGGCAUACUUUUUAAGCAAAAUACUGAACAAUGCGUGGAAAUUGAAGCGGUUUUGCCCAACACGCCCGCAUGCAAAUCCGACCUACGUCCAGGUGACAUGCUAAUUGCAAUUGAGGGCAAGCGGGUGCAGUCCAUCCAACAAGUGGCGAAGAUAUUCAAAAGUUUGCAAACUUCAGCUUAUCGCUUACGCAUCGAGCGUGUUAUACCAGGUAUCAUAAGAAAUGAUGCAAUUUUGGAGGAUCUCGAAUUAUAUGAAGAUUUGGGGGAUGCUCAUAUGGGCUAUAGUGUGGGCAAGACGCCAACUGAGCACAAUGAGUUAGCCGGUAGACAAGCAUCUACCCGCCAAAGUACAGGUGACAAAGGUUCUUCUAGCGAAUCUAGUCUUGGUAAUACUCCAACUAAUUCCCCAAAGAAAAGUAAACUUAUAACGAAAGCACUGAAAAAGACCAUCAGCCGUGAGCUUAAUGAGCAUAACAAAGAAAUAGAAGAGGAACAUAAGCUGAAAAACAAACAGUCAUUAAAAUCGGAGGAUAAGACGAAGGGUUCGCCAAAAGUGUUGAUUGACACGGUAGGUGAAGUGGAGCAUUAUUAUCAGCACUCAACCGUAGAUCGCAGUAUAAAUCGUCUCAUACAUAUAGAUGAUUUGAGCUGCUUCAAGUUGGAAGCAAAGUCGCGUUAUUUGAAUAUAGGCGUGUAUUCAAAAAGUGCCGGUGAUGGUUUAUUGUUAGGCUAUGUAAACAUACCAGUGGGUCAGAUUUUAGCUGAGUGUUGCGAAACAAGCUUAGUCCAGUGCUGGAAGAUAUAUGAACUAAGUCCACCAAUCCCGCAAGAUUUGAAGACGCAUAAACUUUCCAGCCAAUCUGGCUUUAUACCUGACUUGUGUUUUGGAGAUGUGCUUUUCGCUUUUACCUGGGAAGGUAACCCCAAUCUGCAACCUAGCGAGCCACUAACCAAACAGGUUUCUAAGUCCAAGAGCAAAAAUAACUACGCUGAUGAAAAAAUGGAUAACGAUAGUGGUGUUUAUGAUACAAAUUCGUUGCGGAUCACGCCAAGUUCCAGUUCACUUACAUUGAUUAACCAAACAACUUCGAGUCAGUUGCGUUCGCACAGUUUUGUGCGCACCCAUUUUCAACGUGCAACCCAGUGCGAUUUCUGUGGCAAAAAAAUCUGGCUGAAAGAUGCGGUUCAAUGUAGUGAGUGCGCCAUGUGUUGCCACAAGAAGUGUAUAUCGAAAUGUCAAAAUGCCACAGUUUGUGGUCCUGUUGAUUGCUCCAAUGUGCUGCGACAACCGUCCAUAACUAGCACAACUCCAGAGUUCACUGUUACCGAUGCAGAUACUUGCGAUGCUUCUGAAGGCGAAGAGGCCAUGCUAUUAAUAUCGGGCGAAGAGUCGGCAGAAGCAAUGUCCGCUAAAUUGCCACCAACGCCAGUUCUCGAGGUUCAUCGUUCAAGUCUGACAGGACUAUUAGCUCAAGGCAUAAAGCGUGUUAAUUCAGCGAAUAAUCUUGCUAUACCUGGCAUUGUGUCCGCAUUGGCUGGGAGUAGUGGCGGUGGAUCAAGUGCUAAUUUAGCCACAAUGGCGAAAAGUUUACCGCCCAGUCCACAAAGAUCGCCAUCUCGUAAAUCCUCGCUGGCUUGUAGUCCUUUUAUUACUUUCGAUGUAGUUACAAAACGUUUGGAAGCUAUACCAUCAGAGGUAACAGCUCUGAGUAUCGAAGAGAUUAGAUCUAUUAGUGAGCCAAUAAUCGGCAUCCUGAAAGAUGAAGAUGUUAUGACUUUAGCUAAAAAUGCUAGCAAAAAUCUUUAUAGCGAAUUGUCUACUGCUGAACGCAUUGAGAAAAUCAAUUCAUUGGUAAGCUCAAUAACAUGCAGUUCAUCAUCAAGUCUAAAUGUUGGACUAUAAUAUCUACAUGUUCGCUUGUAACAACACUUAGCAAACUUCGAUUGGCUUUAGACAGCGAAACGUCUCUUUAUUCUAGCUUGGCGUCUGUGGACGCGUCGAAGAGGGAUAAUAUUGACGCGAGUAGUACAACACUAGGAAAGUCGGAGGACCGUGUCCAAGCGCUCAGUGUAAUUAUGUUGUAUCUGUGUACUGGAUUGCAGCACGCCCAAGGCUUUGAGCUGCGUUGAAUGGAAUCAAAAUUUUAAGUUUAUAAAAAAUAAAUAAGUGUAGAAAAAUUUCGGGAACACAUAAAAAUGCUGAUCUGAAUCCUGAAGUAUUAAUAGUGGCAUUUUAGUGUAGCGCUAAAAUAUAAUACUCCCAAUUACAUUUUUUUGAUAGUUUCAAAUAGCAAAUUAUAUGAAUAUGUAAUUUUAUAUACAUUUGUCUGCACAAGAACGUCUUUCAACGCAUAUUAUAUCUAAAUCUCACAUUCUUGUACAUCUUAUGCAUAUUGAACCUAACAGUAUUUUUGUGAGUAAAAGUUGUUUAAAGACCAAGAAAAUGUUUUAUAUACUUCGAUAUAUAUAAUAUGUACGUGUAUGUCUAUGUAGGUACACAAAGAGGACUUGGCUAGAAUUUUAUAAAUUCGGUGCACACUUAUUUGUUCGUAUGUAGUUGCAAUUAUUAUGUGUGGAAGCUGCCAUAUUUCGAUGUAACAUAAUUUAAGUCUGCUUAUUAAGAUGUAAUGUUACUGCAUUUUUUAUCAUAAGCGAUCCUUUUAACUGCUACGCCCCACACAAGUGUACAUACUAACUCUCCAAUUAAUUUGACGACAGUUGUCAAACGUGCUUAGAAGGUGCCAGUAAUCUAUUUAGAAACGCAACUGUUUAUUAUUUCCUCAUAUAUGACAUGAACAUGGCUACAUUCUACCAUUUACUCUGCAAAAUCUUUUCAAUAUGUCAUAUAUGGCGCUUCUUAUUCUCUUAACUAUACGGACAAAAGUUAGAAACCUACUGCUCAUGCAUUUAAAUAUUUUGAAAUAACUAUUGAUACGCCAAAUUGUGGAUUGAUUGGCGAUUACAGGCAGUACCUUAAAGUUUUACAUAUAAGGAGUUAUGCAGCUGGGUAGGUGCUUAUGAGUAACAUUCAAUUAAAUAUAAAAAACGAAACUCAGAUUUAUUUAGUAUAUCAAAAUAUAUAAACUAAACGGGUUGCGGUUUAUAGAAAAUAAAUAAAACUAAUUACUCAUACCAAACUACUACUAAUAAACUAUUGCCUAUACAAUGCCUACAAGUUUAUAUGAAAAUUUCAAGGUCGAUGUGUGGCGCCCAGGCUUUAUCCAAUCUCUAAUGGAUGCAAAUUUUGCUCGCUUAACUUUUCCAACCACACAAAUAAAAAUAUAUAAGAAGCUAAGCAUUUAUAAAUAUUUACUUUACUGUAACUUAUUUGUUGCGAAAUUAAGCUGUAUUUUCAUAAUGGAAGUUUUGUUAUAUAUUAGAUAUACCAUAGAUGACUUAAGGUUGAGUAAUAGGGAAUAAUUUUUUUAUGCACAUUAAUAAGGGCAAGAUUAUUAUAUAUCUUUUACAUUUUCAUAUAGUGCAAACAUUUUAUUUGUGCGCUUUUAGAAUUAGUGAUGAAGUUUUAAUUGAAAAGCUCCUAUCCUAACAGCUAGCUACAUAGGAGCUAGGUAUGAAUAAUACAUUCAAAACUGAACAAAAUAUCUCAAAAUCAGAGCUAUCGAAUAUACUUACAAACUAUGGAGCAAUGUCAUAAUUUCAUAGUAAUGAAAAUACAAAAGACUUUAAAAUAAUCCAAGAAAUAUCUACAGUUAUUUCUAUGAAAGUUUGAUAUUCAGUUGCUGAUACCUUGUACAAUGCGAAAUUGCACACCACUUUUAAGUUAUGUAUAAUAAAAUUCACUCUCUCUAAAUACACAGGGUGUAGCUGCAAAAUUUAGAUUUGCAUUCAAAAUAUAUUCCUUUACCGCCGCCUAAAAGUAUGCAUUGAUUGAUCAUGGAACACCAAAUGCUUGUAGUCUCCAAAAAGGCUUUUACGCUUGAAACAAAUUCCAUAACUGUUUGGUGUAUAUUUUUUAUUUAAUGAACAAAAAAGACUUUAAUAUUGUCAACUAUAUCAUCAGCAAUUUUAUUGAAAUUAAAGCAUGGCGGUGCAAUGUGAAAUAUCUCCACAAUCGUGUUGGAAAAAAAGAAAAGAUUACUCAAUACAAGAAAUUUUACCAAAAACCUGCCGCAUUGUUAACAUGAAAAUUAAAAAUCACAUUAGUACACUUACUCCAAAUAAUAAACAUCAAUGCUUUUUAAUAUUUAAUUAAUUCUUUAAAACGCUGCGUUUACUUCAUAUUCUCAUUUUUAUUUGUGUGUCUGCAUUACCAUGUUCUACUAUAAACUGUAAAAUUAACAAUAAGAAGGAGUUGUGUUUCCAUUAAGUAUAUACGAAUAAGAUGUCUAAGAAAUAUAUAUAAGUUGCUAAUAAACUUCUUCGGAAGCGUAAUAUAUGUUUUGUUAAAAGAAAUAAAUUAUUAGCAACACAUGUUUUACUUCAUUGUCACAUUUUAAAGACUUAUAAGCUUAUAAAGUUUUUAACAAAAAUAAAUAUCAUUGAAAGAUUGUCAAA